UGCUGUGUUAAAAUGUUAGUGCAAUCUAACAGUGUAGUUCUAUUGGUUAGGCUCAGAGGGCCGCUGUUGGCCAACAGUAUGUUACUGAUGAACAUAGACCAUCCUACAAAUUGUACCUCCCCAUCAUUCUUACAUGACCAGUGUAAAAGAAACGAGCAAAACGAAGCUGUAACCUUACGCUGCAUGUUCAACCUAUACGGGAGAUAAAUACACCUUACUUUCCGAGCAACAAGCAUGACUCGUCAUAAUUUCUCUUGGAUUGCAUUGUUUAUACCGUCUCCGACUGGAUUUUUUUCGACAAGAAGAACAGCACGGCAAGUCCUAUUGUUCAUGUCGCUCAUCUCACUAAGCUCAGUGUACGGACAAGUCAGCUACUCCAUCGCCGAGGAGAUGGCUAAAGGCUCUGUUGUCGGUAAUAUAGCACAGGAUUUGGGAUUGGACGUGAAAAGACUUAAAUCAGGUAAAGCUCGUAUUUAUACGACAGAUAGCACAGAGUACAUCGAGCUGAAUAGAGAAAGGGGAAUCCUCGUCAUCAAAGAGAGAAUAGAUCGAGAGGCAUUAUGCGGACAGACUACGCCUUGCGCUCUUCACUUCCAGAUUAUUCUGGAGAAUCCAAUGGAAUUGUACAGAGUAACAGUAGAGAUCACCGACGUAAAUGAUAAUGCUCCCACUUUUAAAAACAACGAAAAACGUUUUGAGAUAAGUGAAUCGGCUGUGAUAGGAUCAAAAUUUGUUUUAGACAAAGCAAUGGAUCUCGACAUUGGUAUCAAUGGUCUGCAAAGUUAUACAUUAAAACCAACGGAUAACUUUAUGUUGAAACUGCAUAGCCAGGGUGAUGGGAGUAAAAAGGUAGAAAUGGUUUUACAGAAACCUCUUGAUAGAGAGAAAGAAGAGAACAUGUCACUCCUGCUGACAGCUAUGGAUGGUGGUGAGCCCCUUAUGUCGGGAACAGUUCAGAUAUACAUCACCGUGUUAGAUGCUAAUGACAAUGCUCCUGUUUUUACCAAGGCUGUCUAUAAGAGCGUAAUACCUGAAAAUUCCAAGAAAGGAACAUUAGUGACUUCGGUCAGUGCGUCCGAUGCAGAUAAAGGGAGCAAUGGAGAAGUAAGCUAUUUAAUUUCAAACAGUCUCGACGGCGUGUCUGAGUUGUUUUAUAUAGAGGAAAAUGGUGACAUUAUUUUGGUUGGGGAGCUAGACUACGAAGCAGCCAAAUAUUACCAGAUCGAUAUAGAAGCAGUUGAUAAUGGUGGAUUGUCAGACUCAAGUAAAAUAAUCGUGGAUGUAACUGACGUCAAUGAUAAUAGCCCAGUUAUUAAUGUUAUUUCGAAGUCCACUUCAAUUAACGAAGACUCCCCUGCAAACACAGUUGUAGCGAUGAUUAGUGUGGAUGAUCCAGAUUCUGAUACAAACGGAGAAGUGCAGUGCGGAAUGAAUACCAACAUUCAUUUUGCUAUCAGGUUAACAUCAAAUGGUUUCUACAGUAUAGUUACUGACAGUGCACUGGACCGCGAAACAGACUCCGUGUAUAAUAUUACUGUGACGUGCUCUGAUGAAGGUGUUCCGUCACUUUCCAGUAGUAUCACUCUCAGUUUACAUAUUACUGAUGUGAAUGAUAACGCACCUCUGUUUGAAAAGAGCUCAUAUGAAGCAUCUCUUGUUGAAAACAACUCUCCCGGUCUCUCUGUAUUUGUAGUUAGGGCCGUAGACGCAGACUGGAAGCAGAAUGCCCGUGUUUCCUAUAUAUUGGAUGAAAGUAUGAUUAAUGGAGUAGCCAUCUCUUCGUACGUUUCCGUCAAUGCUGACAGUGGAGUCAUACAUGCUGUGCGUUCUUUUGAUUACGAGCAGAUAAAAGACUUUCAGUUCCGUGUAAAGGCCCAGGAUGGAGGCUCUCCUCCAUUAACUAGCAAUGUUAGCGUUAAAAUAGUCAUACAAGAUCAAAACGACAACGCACCGCAGAUUCUGUAUCCUGUACAGACCAGUGGUUCUCUGGUAGCUGAAAUUGUGCCUCGGUCAGCAGAUGUGGGCUAUCUCGUCACCAAAGUGGUAGCUGUGGAUGUGGACUCUGGACAGAAUGCCUGGCUUUCAUAUAAACUUGUGAAAGCAACCGACAGAGCGCUGUUUGAAGUAGGCGCUCAGAAUGGAGAAGUAAGAACUAUUCGCCAAGUCACUGACAAGGAUGCCGUGAAACAAAAGUUGACUGUAAUAGUCGAGGACAACGGACAGCCCCCUCGUUCAGCUACAGUCAAUGUCAACGUAGCGGUUGCGGACAGUUUUCCUGAGAUGCUCUCGGAAUUUACAGACUUUACGCACGAUAAGGAAUAUAAUGACAAUCUUACAUUCUAUCUAGUUCUGGCACUGGCUGUAGUGUCUUUCCUAUUCAUAGUUUCUGUUAUAGCCAUACUGUCAGUCAAGUGCUACAGAUGGAGACGCGAUCGGAUGUUUUAUAAGUCGAAUGGACACCUUCCAGUAAUCCCAUAUUAUCCACCCCAUUACGCAGACGUGGGGGGAACAGGUACAUUGCAACACGUUUACAACUAUGAGGUGUGCCGCACCACUGACUCCAGAAAAAGUGAUCUGAAAUACAGCAGGCCCUCAAGUCAGAGCAUUAUUAGUCUGGAUACUAAUGGAACUCUGUCUCUACGGAAUGCGCACAGAGAGAAACUAGUCAUGGAAGACCCAGAUGAUCAGACGUAGGGGGCACAGGAACUCUACAACAUGUGUACAACUACGAGCAUUACAGGACAACGGACUCGCGAAAGAGCGAUGUGAAAUAUGGAGGCCCUUGUGGUCAGAGCAUCAUUAGUCUGGACACGAGUGG